UUCAGUCCUGCAGGACCUACUGACCCUCUCUGGACUCUCAGUGCUCCUUCUACCUACCAGCCAUGAGGACUCUCUGCUCUGUGCUGCUGAUAUGCUGCCUCCUUUUCUCAUCUACCACCCCAGCUGUUGGAAAUCUAAAAUAUGUUGGAGUCCAAACAGAAUAUGAGCGGUGCCACAACCAGAGAGGGUACUGUCUCAAUGCCCUUUGUCCUCAUAAUUCUAUACGUGUGGGAACCUGUCAUCCAGAGAAAUUCUUCUGUUGCAAAAAGAAAAAACUGAUUGGAAGGAAGUAGAUGGAAGUCAAAUGACAGAUAUGUAACUGAUAUUUUAAUAAAGGAAACAGUUUUUAAAGCUUA